AUGGCGCCCAUUCAGAUGGAAAAGUCCUACGACGUGACAGUCUCCUCCACCCCGCGGAAAAGUGCUCGCGACAGGGAGGUGUUGGCCAGAUGGAGUGGCGACGAUUUCCAAGCGAAAGACUUCCGCCGGGAGGAUAUUAUGGACCGAUACAGACAGCUUCGAUCUCGCAACCUCAAGGAAGAGAACCAGGCUGUCACAGUCACAUCUGACAAAACAAGUCACAAGAUUGUGCUGGACGUGCAUGACUUUCUGGAAGGAGAUGUGAGAGUGAAGGUGUUGGACGAGGAGGAGCUGUUGGUGGAAGGACACGUGGAGAGGAAGGAGGAAGGAAGCCUGUCCGUCUCGUCACACUCCUUCAGACGCUACUUCUCUUUGCCUCGACACACAGACAUGGCAGCGAUCACGUCCGUCUUGUCCACAGAUGGAAUCCUCACAAUGCGCCAAAAAAAGUG